UUGUCUUUUCGGGGUUUUGCAGUUGCGCGCCCUGUCGCCGCGCAGCUUUAAACCCCCCUUUUUUCUGCCAUUCCGAUUUGCUUUUGGUCCAUCGCUGGACUCCGGAGGUUGACGGAGGGGCCGCAGCCAAGUCCUUGAAACGUUGCUGAAAGCUCUCAAAGGCCACUCUUCAGCUUGGCUGUGUGAUAAAAGUAGUCAUCUCUAGGUUUAGGGUUUUGAGUCUUUCGGGGGUUUUCACAUUGAUGGGAACCGGGUUGCAAGAAUCUCCACCCAUCGCAGUCUCGGAGAGGCUCUGCAGUGUGGUGUGUGUUGAAAUACCUUAGCUGAAGUCGGCUGUGGGGCGAGAUAAUUGAAAUCCCUAAUGCCCGCCUAGGGAUUGGCAACCAUGAUGCCAAGGCUGACGAGCUUCAGCGGCAUCCGGCAGGCAGGCCGGUUAGCUUUGCAGAACAGUUUGCGGCAAAGUUUCCUGAAUCCUUUCAACGUCUCAAAGCAUUUUUCUGGAGCUGCCGCGCACGAGAUUGAGAAAACAGAUGACGUCCUCGAGCCGUCCCAAAUUCGAAAUGUUGCUAUAAUUGCGCAUGUUGACCAUGGGAAAACUACGCUUUUGGACCGUAUACUUCGUGAGUGUGGUGCCAAUGUCCCGCACGAGCGCGCCAUGGACUCCAUCACCCUGGAGCGAGAGCGAGGGAUUACCAUCUCUUCGAAGUACACGUCCGUCUAUUGGGGAGGAAUGCAAAUGAAUGUAGUUGAUACUCCUGGGCACGCUGAUUUUGGAGGUGAGGUGGAGAGGGUUGUGGGAAUGGUGGAAGGAUGUGUCCUCGUUGUGGAUGCCGGAGAGGGUCCACUUGCCCAGACGAAAUUUGUGGUAGCCAAAUCUCUCAACCUCGGCAUUAGACCCAUCCUCUUGCUUAACAAAGUGGACCGUCCAUCGGUUACAGAGCAACGUUGUGGAGAGGUGGAAAGCAUGAUUUUUGACUUGUUUGCGAAUCUUGGUGCAACUGAUUCGCAACUAGAAUUUCCGGUUCUUUAUGCAUCAGCAAAAAUGGGAUGGGUGUCGAGAACAUACACUAAGGGUGAGGAUGCUGGCUUCCAAUGCAGCAUGGCACCCCUCAUGGAAACUAUCGCUGAACACAUUCCUCCGCCGAAAGGAGAUCUCUCUUCACCGUUCAAGCUCCUGGUUUCUAUGAUGGAUCACGAUUCAUAUCUAGGCCGUCUGGUUACUGGACGUAUUUCAUCUGGUGUUGUUCGUGUGGGUGAUCGGAUACACGGUCUUCGCAGCGGUGAAGCAAACACCUCAGUGGCCUUUGACGAGGGCAAAGUGAUAAAGCUUAUGAAGAAAAACGGGAUGACGAGUGUCCUUGUCAACAGUGCUGGAGCUGGAGAUAUCGUGUCCAUAGCUGGGCUUUCCGAACCAUCGAUUGGGCAUACUGUUGCCGCUGUGGACGUGACGGAAGCUCUCCCAGCUGCUGCCAUGGACCCGCCUACCUUGUCGAUGACCUUCAGUGUGAAUGACUCUCCAUUAGGAGGUCGUGAUGGAAACCAGCUUACGGGUCCGAAAAUUGGUGAGCGGUUAAUGGUUGAGUCCCGGAGCAAUUUGUCUAUUGCUGUGAUCCCUACGCCCAGGCAGGACGCGUACGAAGUUCAAGGUCGGGGGGAACUUCAGUUGGGCAUAUUACUGGAGAAUAUGCGGCGGGAAGGUUUUGAGCUUUCAGUCUCACCUCCGGCGGUAUUAUAUAAGAUGGAAAACGGAAAGAAGUUGGAACCUAUCGAGGAAGUUGUAAUCGAAGUAAACGACGACCACGCCGGCCUUGUCAUUGAGGCACUUUCUCACCGCCGUGCUGAGAUGCUCGACAUGGGUCCAUGUCCAGAGAGCGUUGGUCGCACGCGACUGACUUUCACGUGCCCCUCAAGAGGUCUUGUUGGCUACCGUAGUGUUUUUUCCACUGAUACUCACGGGACAGGGUUCCUCCACAGGGCCUUCCUCACAUACGGGAAGUAUCGGGGCCCACUUGGAAAUGUGCGGAAAGGAGUUUUGGUUUCAAUGGCUGGGGGCACAAUUACUGCUCAUGCACUCAUGGGCCUUGAAGCAAGAGGCAUUUUGUUUGUGAAGCCAGGAAUGGAGACUUAUGAUGGCAUGAUCGUUGGCGAACACACUCGGGAGACUGACCUCGAGGUUAACCCAGUGCGGACUAAGGAAUUAAAUAAUAUUCGGUCGGCUGGUAAAGAUGAGAAUGUUCGAUUGUCACCUCCGAGACUGAUUAACUUGGAGGAGGCCAUUGGCUACGUCCAGGGUGAUGAAAUUAUUGAAGUAACGCCAAAAUCAGUGCGGUUACGGAAGUCUAUAUUGGAUUCGUCAAGGCGCAAGGCAGUAAAACGAGUAAAAAAGGAGUAGAUAUGCACAGAUAUGAGAGUAUUUGCUGCGACAUCAACUAUCCUGUUGAUUUUCUAGGAGGUAGUAGCACAGUCUUGUGCUGAAGAGUACAACUGAAUACGUUCUGUUGGCAGUGCACAUUCUAGGAAGCACCUGCCAAGUCAAGUUCUUUGAUUGGCCAAAAGCUUUUGUGGCAGUCUUUUUGGUCUGUUGACGAAAGCAUGUUGGAUGCUAAAAUUCAUUAGUGGAAUUAGGUCUUUACUACAGAAUACAACGACGAUACGUAAUUUUCUUUAUACAAAAUGAUGUUAUCCGUCGAAUUUAUAUAUUUUUAGCAACUAGAUUAACGAUUGAAUUCAUUAUUGGGUGAAAGUCAUAAUACUCGUUAAGGAUUAAUUUCACCAUGAA